AUAAAACGGGAACUGAAGGCGAGCAGAGGAAAAGACCAGCAGUGUGGACAUACUGCAGCUGAUCGGGAUCAGGACUUUGGACAGCGCCAGAAAACUACAGAGCCAAAGAACACAACUUUCUUCAGAGCACAUGUGUAAAGCGAUGGUACAGCGGUCCGGCCCCCACCUGCUUCUCCUAAUAGCCCUGUGCAGUGUGUUAUACUCCCGGACUUUGAGUCUGCCUUACACAUCCAUGAGACCGACGAGACAUGCAGACGGUCUGUUCACCAGCGGGUACAGCAAACUCCUGGGUCAGCUUUCAGCGCGGAGGUACCUGGAGUCCCUGAUCGGGAAGCGCGUCAGCGACGAUGUGAUGGAGGAGCCGGUGAAGCGCCACUCAGAUGCCAUCUUCACAGACAACUACAGUCGCUUCCGAAAACAGAUGGCGGUCAAGAAGUACUUGAACUCUGUCUUAACAGGAAAGAGAAGCCUAGAAGAUCCUGGAACCAGUGAGCCGGAGGAGUCCAGAGACGAACCCAACACCUUCCAGGAGAGCUACGAUGACAUCAACGUAGAUCACCUUCUAAACAGCUUUCAGCUGCCACUUUGA